AUGGGCGACACCUCUAGCCCACCUCCCUCUCCCUCUGCUGACACUCCUGGCGCUCCUGUGGUCACCGCACCACCUCCACCAGCCAUCCUGCCUGCCGCUCCUGUUGCUGCUCCUACACCUGCCCCGCUCGCCGUGUCUCCGCACCCCUCAUCCGUCCUCCAGACGAUCGACAUCCGCCUCCAUGUCCCCGUCACCCUCGACCUGCUCGCCGGCAACCACGCCCAGUGGCGCCGUCACUUCGACAUGGCGAUCGGCAUGUUCGGGCUUCGCGACCACGUCGAUGCCGAGGCGGUUCCACGCCUUGACGACCCUAAGUGGCUGAUGGCCGACCACGCCGUCGUCCACUGGCUCAACACCACCGUCUCGCCCGACCUCCUGGACGCCGUGAUGCAGCACGAGGACAUGGCGCUCACCGUGUGGGCGGCGAUCGACGGCAUCUUCAGGGACAACCAACUUGCCCGAGCAGUCUACAUCGACGCCGAGUACCACGCCUUGGUGCAGGGCGGCAUGACCAUCAUGUUGUACCGCACCAAGCUGAAGAUGUAUGCCGAUCAACUGCGAGACCUCGGCCAGCCGAUGGGUGAGACGCCACAGGUUUUUCACCUCCUGCGUGGCCUCGGGCGCCAGAACCACGGUGCGAUCCCCCACAUCACCUCACGCAGUCCGCUCCCUUCAUUUCUUCACACUCGUUCCUUUUUGCUGCUCGAGGAGCAUCAGGCCGAUCAGACCGCUCGCAUCCAUAGUGCGCACGCGCUCGUCGCUGGGCGCGGGGUCGCCACGCCGUCUCCGCCACUAGCAGCAGCACCCGACGUCAACGAGGGUCGUGGCCGCGGCCGUGGCAACGGCAACGGACAAGGCAGCAGCAGCUUGCCCCAGCAGCUACCUCCUCGCGCUCCAGGGCUUCCGGCUUCGGCGCCCGGCACCAACUCCUGGACCGACCUCGUCUAG